UUCCCAAAUACCGUUCAAUACGAUACCUUCGACUGGGAAGACGAUAUGCGACUCGCCAAGGACGCGCACAUCGAUGCCUUUGCCCUGAACCUCAUCCACGGCGACCGCGUCGAUAAACUAUCUACUGCCUUUGAAAUCGCCGAAAAAACAAACUUCAAACUAUUUCUCUCCUUCGACUAUGCAAACGACCCUAAGGACUAUGGCUCGUGGCCUAUGGAAGACGUCCUUCACCUGAUACGCCAGUAUAGCGGACACAAGGCUUAUUAUAGGCAUGAUGGGAGACCUUUUGUCACGACGUUUGAGGGGGCUGAUAGGAUUCAGGAUUGGAAAGCUAUCAAGGAAGCGACUGGCUGCUACUUUAUCCCUAACUGGGGCUCACUGGGUGCCAAACAGGCUGCUCAGGUUGGGAAUGGCGUUGUAGAUGGACUUACUAGCUGGACUGCUUGGUCCUGGGGUGCAGAGGAUAUGAAUACCUACAAUGAUGCGGCGUAUAUCGAAGCUCUGAGUAGCGAUGGAAAUUCAAAUGCCACUGGGAUACCCUAUAUGAUGCCCGUGUCGCCAUGGUUCUAUACCAAUCUGGACGCGUACAAGAAGAACUGGCUCUGGCGUGGAGAUGAUUUGUGGUACCAUCGCUGGCAGCAAGUCUUCCUCAUUCGACCAGAAUUCCUAAUGAUUAUCUCUUGGAACGGAUACGGCGAAUCACACUAUUUAGGGCCGCUUCGCGAGAAUGCAUUUGUGGAAUUCGAGCAGGCAUCUGUGAACUACGCCAGGGAUAUCCCGCAUGAUGGAUGGCGUCUUAUUCUUCCCUAUUUGAUAGAUACGUAUAAGACAGGGAUCGCUACCGUUCAACGAGAGAGCUUGAUUGCCUGGCAUCGUCUCCAACCCGCCCAGGUUUGCUCGGAUGGUAACACCACUGGGAACACGGCUGGUUAUUUUCAAUAUGAAUUCGCGCCGCUUUCGAUAGUCCAGGACAGGAUCUUCUUUUCUGCGGUACUCACGGCGUGGGCUAAUGUCAGUGUUCAGAUUGGUAAUGCAGUACUUACCCCAGAAUGGAAGUACGUUCCAGAAGGCGAAGUUGGGCUUUAUCACGGGAGUGUCAGUUUCAGCGGCCACACGGGUACAACCAUCGUGAACAUUUGGCGAAGUGGCAAGAUUAUCGCUGCAGCUUACGGAAACACUAUCACCAAUGAUUGUAGCAAGACCGGCAAUCGAACAAACUGGAACGCCUGGGUUGGACUAGGACAAACACCCUGGAACGUCUCUGCAACUCAGAAGCUCUCCAUUCAAGAUCAAGCCUGCAUAAACGGCACAGGCUGGGAUGAACUCAAAACUAUUUGCGAAUGGACUUGCUCUUAUGGCUAUUGUCCCUUGAAUACAUGCUACUGUACCACCAUGGGCACUCCACAGAAACCAUUGGACGGCGUCGGUAUGAUAGGCUACCCAGUCCCCGGAAAAGACGACCGCUACAUCCCUCUCUGUGCCUGGUCCUGCGCGAAUGGAUAUUGCCCUCAAGCCCUCUGUGGAACUCAGCAGGUCACUCCUGUCCCACGGAAUGACACAUGGUGCCUCCACGACACCUGCACCUCCGGCACUGGAGAAGGCAAAUUAGAAGCUCUUUGCCAAUUUAGUUGCGCCUACGGAUACUGCCCUAUGCACUCUUGCCAGUGCAAAGAAACCGGUCCUCUUGUCGGAGCACCAUCUGGAAAACCUGUUCUAGUCACCGUGAAGCCCUGGUUAGACCCGUUCCUCUACGAGGGCCUUUGCAAUUUUGCUUGUUCGCAUGGUUAUUGUCCUUCUGCUAUCUGUGACGGACCCACGAUGAUCGGGGGUUUGGGUGACGUUGUUUACCUUGAUCCGGGGGUUUGGAGCGAUCCGGCGCCGACGGUGACUUGUUCGCCUCCUUGUACUUUUGUUCCGGCGCCGUUGACGCUGGGGACGCCGACGGUUAUUGAGUUUGAGCUGUGGUCGACGGUGAUUCCGUAUUUGUUGCCUGAGGGUAUGAAGACGACGUUUGGAGGUGGUCAGACUACGCAUUAUACGGUGUAUUCGACUAUUGAUGUUACUACCGCGUUGCAGAUUGAGCCAGGUGAGUGUUGCGUUUCUGUUGAGUGA